UAUACCUAAUGUAAAUAGAGUGACGUGACAGUUGUAUAAAUAAUAAACUUUAAGAAAAUCGUUAAUAACAGGAAAUAAUGGAAACAUGUAGAUUAUGUUUACUUAAAAAUAAAUUUUUACAUUCAAUACAUGAUUUGUACAAAGAUAUUACUUACAGUUCAAUGUUAAACUAUGUUGCCAAUAUUAAGGUAGCUAAAGGGAUCAACGACGGUAUUUGUUCUUUAUGUUGCCGAAAACUUAGAGAUAGCUACUUUUUUAAACUUUUAAUUAUCAGGUCUGACCAAGUAUUUAAUGUGAAAUCAAAAAUUAUAAAAUUUGAUUCAAUAACAGAUGUCGUACCAAUUUUAUUUAAGAAUAUUAUUAAAGAUCCUCCAAAUUGUACUCAAAUUAAAUACAGUCACUUAUUCAAAUAUAAUAAUGAUCCCACUUUAUAUAAUAACACCGUUAUUAAAAGAUUGAAAGUCAAUAAAGAACCAAACAUGGAUGGAGAUGUUUUUAUGAAAAAUGAAAAUGAGACUAAUGAAGGAAAUAAUGAUGUUUACAAACACAAUUUCAUUGAUGAAGAAGUCUAUGGAAAAAGAAAGACAAAUAAAAUGUUCUUUAAAAAAUCAGAUGAAAUUAAUGAAGAAAUGGUAUCGAAGAAUGUUUGCAUUAAGCCUAAAUUGUUAGAAGGUUACAGGGUGAUACCCUGUAGGAAGAUAAAAGAUCAUAAAGAUAAGAAAAGUGCAGUUAAAAGAGAAGAUAUAUGUCCAUACUGCGGGAAGAAGACUCGAUCUAUGAAAAGUCAUAUACUUGUGCAUGCAGGUGAACGUAAAUUUAAGUGCAAUGGCUGUAAGAGAGGAUUUUAUUCCAAACACACUUUAAAACAGCAUAUUAAGUCUCAUUCUGAUAAUUUUACUGUUAAAUGCGAUAAGUGUAUAGCAGCUUUUAAUACGGAAGGAGAUCUUAAAAGACAUAUGCUUAUACAUACCGAUGUCAUGGGAUAUAUAUGCAAUAUAUGUGAUAAAUCCUUUAAAAGGAAACGUGGCUUACAAAGACAUACACUAAUUCAUUAUACAGGCGCUAAGACAUUUCUCUGUGAUGUUUGUGAUAUGUCAUUUUUUAAUAAAUACUCUUUAAAAACACAUUCGCGUGUCCACACUGGAGAGAGACCGUUCAAAUGCGAGCUGUGCUCCCAACCAUACAGUUAUAAACGGGACUUCAACAGACACUGUUAUAAAAAACACGGCGUAAUACUACAUCGUAGACCGAUACAUAUAAUGAAUGAGGAGGUUUUGAAGCAAGAGAGGGCUCUUAAGAAAGACCUUACGUUGUAUAUAAAGGGUGUUCCAACAGAGAAUGAGCCACUAAAAGCGUUUUGUGGUCCACAAGCGGCUCUGGCUUUUGAUAAAGCCGUUAAAUGCAGAAAACCAACACGAUUCCUCCCACAAGCCGUCAAUAACUCAAUUAAUAUGUUGUGAUAUCUAAAUAGUAAACCUGAUACCUUAUAGAAAGAAUAGAUAUCAAUUACAACACCUGUUUUCACCCUAAUGGAACUAUUCACAACCUUUCAAUCAAAUCACAAUAUAUAAAGAGGAAAAACAAAUUCUUUCGCCAUUCAAACUACAAGCCGCCAUCAUG